AUGGUAAACUAUACCAGGUCCAAUUCAACAUCAGAAUGUAAUGCAUACUUUAAGUGGACACAACUGAUUAACGGUGAAACUUAUGUUAUAGCAACAUACUUUAACGGAUAUAGUCAGGUGCUUAUAAAAUACAUAGAAAAGGUGAGCAUUGAUGAAAACGGAACCAUUGCGAUAACGAACACAACGCGAGAAGAUACUGGAUCGUAUGAAUGUGAGGUCCGCAUAUUUGACGAUGAACCAAAUGCAAACUCAGAUAGAGUUAAUGUUAAUGUAUUAUAUCUGGAUGCACCUACAGUCGAUCUACCUAAAUAUGUGUUGUAUGGGGAUGUAUUGAAAUUUGUCUGCGCUAGUGGCGCUGCUUACCCUGAUGCAAUGCUUACGAUUUUUAAAGAACGUAUGCCAAUAACGUCCACAACUGACACUACGCUUUACUACUCCAUCAGCAAUGCAACAAAGAGUGAUGCUGGUGAUUACUACUGUAACGCACUUAAUGAAGCAGGGAGCAAGAAUAGUGACAUAAAGAAACUUACCGUCCACUAUGUCGAAUGCCCACAAAACGAUUUUAAUAAUCGUACUAUAGUUGUAGAGGGGAGUAAGCUGUCCAUUACGUGCCACGUAUACGCUGACCCAAUCCCGACAUAUACCCUAUACAAAGAUAACAUCACUAUUAAAAGUGAGAUUGGAGAUGUUAUGGAAUAUACCAUUGUCAAAGUGAGGCAAGAGGAUGCUGGUAAAUAUUACUGUAUGGCGACGAAUAUUGCAGGGACCGUGACAUGUAGAAAGGGAAGCCUGGUUGUUACAUAUCUGAAUGAACCUACAAUCGAUCUACCUACAAAUGUGUUGUAUGGGGAUGUAUUGAAAAUUGUCUGCAUUAGUGGUGCUACAACCAUCAACACAGAGGUGGCAGGUCUGGCGUUAGUAGAUCUUCUGACAGCAUUAAAUGGUGUUGACGGUGCCCACGCUUUCCAAACUAUGAGUCGCGACCCAAAAAUGGAUCGCCAAACUUUUGCGUUUGGUCGCGAGCAGAGCCAUUUGCCGGUGUCUAGAAGUCCCCAAUUCCCAAAAAUGUUCUCACCUCAGCUUCAAUCAUGA